AUGACAUCAUGGAUGAUCGAACAAAGUGGAUGUAUUGCAUCAUUAAUUCUAAUUACAGUCACGGGAUUAGAAGAUUAUAAAGAACACAGCCUUCAUCACUGGGGUAUGGCAGUUUGGAAGUUCGGCUCAAACAUAUCAAGUCAGAGUAAAAGGCAAGACCCACCCUACAAGUCAAAGACCGAACAGAUGCUGCAGAAUGAGAAAACGAUUCAUGAAAAUAAAAAGAUGCAAAAGUAUUCACCUUUCAAGACAUCCACUCUGACGGUUUGCGGUGUGAUGAAGCUUGAGGUCGAUGAAGCUUGA